CAAAGCGGAGAGGCAAAUAAUUCGCCUCUGAUUAGAAAUCCUUGGAAAGGGGUCGGACAGGGCACUGUAAUCAAAUUGCCAUACAGUUCGGCUGCAGUGAAAGAGACAGUGGGUCUUUUGCUCAAGUUAUACAUUUAAAUGGUUGAGUGGACGAUUUGAACCGAGCAGCAGGAUGUCUGAAUUCAGUGAGGAGCCGCGCUUCACUAUCGAGCAGAUAGAUCUGCUGCAGCGGCUGCGUCGCACAGGCAUGACCAAGCAGGAGAUCCUGCACGCACUUGACACUCUGGACCGGCUGGACCGGGAGCAUGGUGACAAGUUUGGCCGCCGCACCUCCUCUUCCUCGUCCUCCUCGUCCUCCUAUGGAGUUGGCGGGGCAAACAACAACUCUGCCUCUAAUACUACUACUUCAUUCAACAAUAACAACACUGCCUCGGCAACCACCACCUCUAUCGUGUCAUGCAAUGGCAACAACAAUGGCGAGGGCAGCACUGGAGAUAGCUCUGCAGCUGCUGCCUCCUCCACAACCUCCAAAAUCUCCACAGCCACACAGACACAGUUUGGCAGUGGAGGGGGACUCUCACCAUCUCCAAGUAACAGCUAUGACACCUCCCCUCCUCCAGGGCCGCCACCGCCUUCAGCCAUUUUGCCCUCACCUGUCUCACUGGUAGCUCUAUCACAAAACGGCCGGGAUAGCCUAGCUGCCACACCCAACGGGAAGCUGUCUCCUCCACGUUACCCGGUCAAUAGUGCAGCUGCAGCACGAGCGUUUGGGUUUGAAGCUGCAGAAGAGGACCUGGACAUUGAUGACAAAGUGGAGGAGCUGAUGAGGAGGGACAGCAGCAUGGUAAAAGAAGAAAUCAAAGCCUUCCUGGGAAACAGGAGGAUCUCUCAGGCAGUGGUGGCACAAGUUACAGGCAUCAGCCAGAGCAGGAUCUCCCAUUGGCUGCUGCAGCACGGCUCAGACCUCAGCGAGCAGAAGAAGAGGGCUUUCUACCGCUGGUACACACUGGAGAAAACCACACCAGGGGCCACUCUGAACAUGCGGCCAGCUCCAUUGCCGAUGGAGGAGAUGGAGUGGAGGCAAACUCCGCCCCCCCUCUCCACUGCCCCUGGAACCUUCCGGCUGCGUCGAGGAAGCCGCUUCACUUGGAGGAAAGAGUGCCUGGCUGUGAUGGAGAGCUACUUCAACGACAACCAGUACCCAGAUGAGGCCAAACGGGAAGAGAUAGCAAACGCCUGCAAUGCUGUCAUUCAGAAACCAGGAAAGAAGCUGUCGGAUCUUGAGAGGGUAACAUCGCUGAAAGUUUACAACUGGUUUGCCAACCGUCGCAAAGAGAUCAAGAGACGGGCCAACAUUGAAGCCACAAUCCUGGAGAGUCAUGGGAUAGAUGUCCAGAGUCCAGGGGGACACUCGAACAGCGAUGACAUCGAUGGGAAUGACUUCUCAGAGCAGGCAUGUGACCUGCCUUACUUUGACAAGAGACCUCUCAGCCGGCCUUUCGGCCUUUACCGCCUGGAGCCCACCUCACCAACUCAGGAUGAGAAUGCGGCGCACAGCGAGCACCAGGACCCUAUCUCUUUGGCUGUGGAGAUGGCUGCGGUCAACCACACCAUCCUGGCCUUGUCCAGAACCGGAGGAGUCCCUAACGACAUCAAGACGGAGUCCCUGGAUGAUGAAUGAACUGCACAGGAACUGAAAGGAGGAAGGGGACAAGUGAAAUGACAGGUUGAAAGCAGAAGGGUAGGAGGAGUGGAAAAGGUGGGAAAUGCUGAGCUUCAAAAAAAAAAAAGAACAAAUAACGCUACUUAGUAAACCUUUGAGUCUGCCCCUCAACCUGCCUCUCGCUAAUAGUUCCAUCUCUCUCGGCCUCCCUCCUCCUACAAAGUGUAAACAGUUACCACAUCCUACCCCCCACCCUACCCCUCCUCAAUAUAUUGACACCGCUGGUGGAAACAGAUUGCUACAUUUCUUCUGAUCUCUACAGAGAGACAAAGAAGGGUGGCGGUCCAGGUCUUUCAUCCCCAGAAGGGUGGUUCUCGUCUUGGAUAUUGUCUCACAGGAACUCCCCUCUUUCUGCUAACUACACUCUCUCCUCACAGGAUACCUCUAACCUCUCCUCUCACCUCCCUUAUUCCCCCUCUCCUUCCCUCUCAAGCCUUGUUGUCUGAGCCAAUCCUCAGUCUGUUAAACCUCAGCGUCAACCUCAGAAAAAAUAACAUGUAUAUAUGAUAUAUAUAUGGUUCUUAUGGUUCUCAGUCAUACUCACCUCAUGGUGUGCUAUCUACCUACCUACAUACUCCUCAAAUUCACCCUCUUCAUUGUGCAAUCCAUAAGUAGAGCAGCCUUUAGCCGUUGUCCUGGGAAGAGACGGACUGUUACGGUUUAUUUCUCAGCUUCUCCUGCACAGAGGUGACCAGACUAGAUGUCUGCAAACCAAACAGUCCACUUUCUGUGUUCAACAGAGGAGCUGCUGUUGAAUGAAAACCUCUGAAAGAAAGAAAGAAAUAGCCUUAAUUUCAUACUUUACUUUUUACAGUUUAAAUACAACAGGCUCUUUCCCUGAAGGCAGGUUUCAAAAAUAAACUUUUUAGUACACUUUUAAAAAGCCAGAUUCAAGGUUAGGUAUGUAUUCAGCAGCAGCAGCGGUGGUUCUAGUUUCGUCUCCUGCAUUUACCUCUGUAUAAGCAUCCACCUGUUGGGCUGAAUACAAUCAUAUCGUCUCCCAGUGACACUAUCAUCUAGUACUCAAGGCUUUGAGAAUCAGUUUAGGGUCAAUGUGAUAAUCAAGCUAACUUAAGCUAUAUAAUAAGGGGAAUUGUGCUUUGUUUUAAAUGUCAUAAAUGCCAAAGGAAAAUACGCUUGGAGCAAAAAGCUAAGAGGCUCAGCAAAGACUUAUCUAAAAAGUGUCUGCAAUCAUCCAAAGUGAUUUUUACUGACUGUUUGGCAGAAUAUUUCUCAUGCUAAGAAAAGCCAGUGGGUUAGACACUACAGCAGGCCUGUAUCAGUAAAGAUAGGUGUUAGCAGCCAGACAUUUAAUGAAAAGUUAACCCUAAGCUAUUCACGACUUGUUCUGUGACGCUGCCUCUUCGUAAUGGCCUAAAGAAUGUGCUUUUAAAAGAUUUUUCAUUCCACUGGUAUCAAAUGGGACUAAAUCCAUGUGGAAAUCAAUUAGAAUAGCAUAGAAACUUUUAAAGUAAUUUAUGUUUUUAUUUUGUCUACAUAGCCUCAAAGGUAAAAGCACCACUUUGAAGGAGGUCAAAGACAUUUCAAGUGGUGACAAUGGAGAUUUUUCUCCUUUCUUUAAUGGGGGCCAUUUUUCCAAAACCACCUUUCACAGAACAUCAUGACAGUGUAAAAGCAGUAGGGAGGUGCUCUGUUCCUUAAAGAUACGAAUCCUCGCUCUGGGGUUCACAAAUUCUUGAUUUUUCUGUCUCUGAUAUCUUCAUAUUUUAUCCAUGGGUAAUCACGUAGGAUAAACAGUUCAGUAUUAUGGGGUCAAAAAAGGCUAAUUCAGUUUCCUGCAAAGUGAGAUGAGAAGAUGAAUGUCACACUUACGUCUGUCCUUUAAAACUGGAGCUAGAGAAUAUUCACUAAGCACGAGACUAAAGGUAAACAGCUAAUCUGACUCUGCCCAAAGGAAAAAUGUAUGUGCUCUAGCACAGCUAAAGCACAUAAACAACACCUGCUAGUUUUCAAUAGACUAAAUAAAAAAAAGUUUAAUUUAUACACCAUACUGCCAAAAGUAGUCACUCACCUGCCUUGACUCGCAUAUGAACUUAAGUGACAUCCCAUUCUUAAUCUAUGGGGUUUAAUAUAACGUCGGCCCACCCUUUGCAGCUUUAACAGCUUCAACUCUUCUGGGAAGGCUUUCUACAAGGUUUAGGAGUGUGUUUAUGGGAAUUUUUGACCAUUCUUCCAGAAGCGCAUUUGUGAGGUCACACACUG